AGUCACAUACGUUAAUUUCAAUCAACAAUCAUGAUAGAUCAAAAACAAAGCAGUCCGCGGCGAAAUACAUGACAUAUCUAAAACUAAAGGUAUAAGGCACAAAGGUAAAGAUAGGCGUCGAGCAUGCAGAGCUGCGAAUCGACAAUGCAAUUCCUGUUGAUUCGCCGAACUCGAUUUCUCUUUCUUUCUCUAUCUCCUCGUCCUUUCGAUCGGUUGAUUUUGUCAAAAGGGCAAGAGUCCGUGGCCGUGGCGACCGAUUAAUUUCCGACAAAAGGGGCUGCGUAUCUCAUAGCCCUCGAUCGGCCCCUCUAAAGCCUACCUUCGCCCUUAGUGGAGAAGCGUGUGUCCCUUUCUCCCUCACCCUCGUGAGUGGGGCAAGUUACCUUUUAUAAUGAAACCAUCCAAUCCGGAGUGGAGGGUGGGCACACGACGUUGCUAUAUUACCGUGGGGUGAACGCUGUCAGAUCUAACAGUCGUCCUUGGGAUAUCGUGCUUCGAAAGUGCAAGUUGCAAGAAGUUCAUGGAUUGACGAUUUCUCCAGUGAUGAAACUUGAGCAUCGUCCAGGCGUUACGUAAAGUCACAUACCAUCGAAGAAGCGUUGUUACUGCGGAGAUCGAAGAACUUUUCAUCGAAGGCCACUUUCAAAUUCUCCAGCAUGUGCGACGAAUUCAGCGCAAGAUUGUUUCGGCCCUGGAGCAACUUAGAUACGCGGGACUACUCGAAACAGAUCGAGGUACCAGUCGGUCAUGAUGAUGACCGUGACAUCGUCGUUGCUUGUGAAGGAAAAGAAGAAAAAGGGUGUUACAACAUCUUUAUGAUCCGUGGUAAAGCGAUCAAAGCCAGUUCCUCGGAAAUCGGAGUUUCUUCUCUUCACUUGCCUGAAAACUCUGGUGGCUCCGGACCCAGUGAAGAACAAUUGACAUCAAAGGUUGUUCAUCCGCUAAACGAUAAUUCGUUGCGCACAGCGGCUCAUCCAGUAUCCCCGGCUCAUCACAUAGUAGAUCCUGUUUUCCAUCCGAUGUACAGCUGGAAUUCGUUCCGCAAAUUUAAUUUACCGCACUCAACUUCGUUCGAUGCUGUGAUGAUGAGUGCGCGGUUACCGCCUCAGAUGGGAAUAGCCUAUCCACCUUGGGUAGAUAUUAGAAAAACGCAGUUUCUCAGCGCGUUUCAACCUUCGUACGAUGUUCGAGGCAAUCUCAAUGCAGAGACUAUAGACCGUACCGUCCAGAUCUUGCAGCGACAGGCAAAGGAACCGAGGAAAUUGCGUUCCAAAAGGUUUAGAUGCGAACACUGUAACGUCGCGUUUAGCAAUAACGGACAGCUCAAGGGACACAUCAGAAUACAUACCGGAGAAAGGCCAUUUAAGUGUGAUGUUGAAAAUUGUGGUAAAGCAUUUACGAGAAACGAGGAGCUAACAAGACACAAGAGGAUUCAUACCGGACUUCGACCGCACGCCUGUCUCGUUUGCGGAAAAAGUUUCGGAAGAAAGGAUCAUCUGAAGAAACACAUGAGGACACAUGAAAAUCGAGAUUAUAGAUUGUCGGCGGCUACAUUGGGAAUGUUUACACCGGGCCACAUAUUGUCGUCUCAAGGACUUCUAUUUCCACAUUACAAUUUUCCAACAUGACAUAUUUAUUCCUAACGACUACUUUAAUCAUUAUAAAGCAUAAAUAUAAUGUAUAUAAUGUAUAGAUGUUAUACGGAUAUUGAAUAAUGGUUGUUAACUUGAUAGAAUGAUUCUUGAUCUUUUUCAAGAAUCAUUUAUCAAGUUUGUUUUAUAAAUCGUACUAUAUUUUUUAUACAAUAUCCUUUAUAACACCUUAGCGAAUUUAUGCUGCUAGUCGAAUGUACAUA